AUGGGCGAUCCAUCAGAAGUUCCUUCCUCUUCAUCUUCAUCGGAUCACACCGAAAGCCAGCAGCAACUUGACGCGUCCAUCAAGCCGUACCAUGUUUUCGUCAAUCAUCGCGGACCAGAUGUCAAGGACACUUUGGCCAGCGCCAUUUACCAUUCACUCUAUCGCACUGGAUUGCAUAAAACUGGUGCAAAAAUUAUUCCUGUUUUCUACCACGUUCUUCCUAGAGAUCUUAUGGUCCUCAGAAAUGGGGAAGGAGUAUAUGCAGAAUCAUUCGUGAAGUUGCAAAGUAAGAUGGAUGGUAAGAAAAAGAGAUACGAUUCUAAACACAUUGAGGAAUGCCUGUGCGAAAAUGGAGCUUUUCGCUUUCGAAUAGGUAUGGACAUCUAUCGAAGCAUAAUGGAAGGACGGUUAUUACACCGAGAAGCAUCUUCUAUAGCCACAACACGGAGUGAGGAAUCCAAACACAUUGCACUAGAUAUUGAAACAGAUGUAGUGCAAAAUUCUACAGGAAACAAAAGAAGUUUUAAUUUGAUAGAUGGAGGAGUUGUUUCAAAUCGAAGAUUUGACGGAGCAGGAGAAACAGUUUUCAAAAUUCAGAACUUACGUGAUGAACAACAAAGGGAUGAAGGAAAGCUUGUGGAAACCAUAGUCGAUCUGGUGAAGGAGCAUGUGAGAAAGGAGCUGAAAAAGAGUGUGAAAGACUUGGUGGGUCUGGACGUGGCAGUCGAGGAUUUCCACUACUUUCUUUCAGAGCCAACGGAUGAAGCUGUUAAGAUUGUAGGAAUAGUUGGACCAGAAGGGUCUGGUAAAACUACCUUAGCUGAGGAGUUUUACUAUCGAUACCGAAAAGAUUUCGAUAGAUCCAGUCUACUAUUUGGUGUCAGAGAAGCCUCCAAACGAAAUGGAUUAGAAGCCUUGCAGAGGCAGCUGCUUAAUGACCUCACCAACACCAUUUGGGAAAUAAACAACAAGAGCGAAGGGCGAGAAAUACUUGCAGAACGUUUACAGUGUCUAAGUCGGCAGAGAUCGCUCAAGUUUCUCAUUGUUAUUGAUGACGUUGAUCAUCAUGAUCAGCUAGAUGCUCUACUGCUCCGGGAGAAUGUGUUGGGAAAUGGAAGUUUGGUUAUACUGGCAUCCCGUGAUAAGGCAAUCCUUAAACUUUCAGGAAUCUCACUGCAUUAUGAAAUGAAACCUCUGGCUAAGGAGCACGCUCGAGAGCUCUUGUGCAUGCACGCCUUCAACCAGGAGAAACCGAUUUGGGAAUUGGAGAGUGUGGUGGAAACAGCUGUGAGAAAGUUUGGCGGCUUACCUUUGUUUCUCAAGCUUAUUGGGAGGCAUCUUCGUCUAUACGGAGGGAACAAUAUAGAGUCUUGGAAUUGCGAGUGGAGAAUGUUUUGUGAACUCAAUGAUAUAAUGAAGGCUACUUUCAACGCUUUGAGCGAAGAGGAACAGCAAAUAUUCUUAGAUAUUGCUUGCUUUUUUCGGGGAAUGGACAAGGAGUCGGCCAUACGAAUAUGGGAUGGAUCAGGAUGGAGGGGUGCUCGUGGUCUGCAAAAGCUGGAAUACGGCUGUCUCGUGGAAAUCGACGAGAACAAUUGCCUGAAAAUGCAUGAUUCUUUCCGUGAUUUUGGGCGACAGAUUGCAAAAGAGCAACUGUGCAACAGUCCAGAGCAUCCUUGCGAAAACGCAAAAAUUAGAGGAAGCACUGAUGGCACAAAGGCCUCCCAUGGACAGAAAAGAAGCUACACCUUUUCUUCUGUGAAAAUAGAGCUUCUUGAUAUAGAUGGUGAUAUAUCUGAUGCUACAGUUACUGAUCGGUCAUUAAAACCUAUGUGGUUUUGUUGGAAAACUUGUCCAGCUUUAAGCCUUAGCGAUCAAUUAGCAGAUUUGGUAUGGUUUCGGUGGAGAAAUUUCCCUCAUGCGACCCUUCCUCCACUUGAAAUGAACAACUUACGAGAUUUAGAACUCGUCAAUGGAAAUUUCAAAAUACUUUGUGAUCCUGCCUUUAAGCAAACAUCGCAAUUGAGGGAGCUUAAUAUUAUUAAAUGCAGACAACUUGUAGCAUUUUCCCCAAGCAUAGGAUCACUAAAACACCUGGAGAAGAUGGUACUGAAAGCUGCACUUCAUCUGCAAGAUUUGCCGGAAGAGUUCUGCAAUUUAAAUGGCUUAAGGCACCUUGUGCUAAGACAGUGUGAGGACCUCACAAAGUUGCCUAAUGAUAUUGGGCGAUUGAAAAACCUGGAACACAUGUUUGAAGAAAUCACCAGUCUUGAAGAGUUGAUCUUUGAAAACUGUAAGAAGUUACUGAAGCUGCCAGCUCGAACCACUUCCCAAGAGUCUCUAAGAAAACUAAAUUUGCUUGGUACGAACUUGAUGGAACUGCCACAUGAUAUUGAGAAUUUGGGAAACUUGCAAUUUUUUUACUUGGAGAGUCCUUCCAUGACCAGUACACCGUCUCCACUAGGCAAGUUAGGAUGCUUGAGGGAGCUUGUGUUGUUUAAUUGCACGAUGCUGACCUCGUACCCUAAAUUUGUACGGAGAUUGGAACGUAUGCAUGUACCUGAGAGACAAAGCAGGGAAGAUGGAAAUACUCAUAAAGCUUUAUAUGUUUACAGUUCACGAGGCCAGAUCAGCGAUUCAGAUGUGAGAGACCACAUAGGUUUAACAUCCGAGAUGUCUUCUUUACUACCCAGGCAAUAA